CGUCCUUCGAACGGCUAACAGCGGCGAAGGACAGAGUUCACGCUAACGCAUCGUUAACCUGCCUAACCGGGAAUCCGUUGCUUACCGUGGUUUCCUUGAUUUCAGCAAAGCAGGGAUGUUGGCAGCACUGGCGACACUGUGCCAGUGGGUGGGCGUUGUGGCGCUGGCGUCACUGCUGGUCUGGCUUUUCGGCGUCGCCCUGGCCAAGCUGAGGCCUCAGCAGCUAUUGGACCGCCUUCCAUCGCGUGCUGUCCUCAUCACAGGAUGCGACUCUGGCUUCGGGCACGAACUGGCGCGCCGUUUGGACGGGCUGGGGGUGCCGGUGUUCGCGAGUUGCCUGUACCCCGAGGGUACCGGUGCGCGCAGACUCGCCGCAGACUGCUCCUCCAGGUUGCGCGUGCUGCCGCUAGAUGUCACCUCAGACCAGCAGGUGGCUGACGCCGUGGUCUGCGUCGAAGCGGCGCUCUCGGACACAACUGGCGCAGAGUUAUGGGCGGUGGUAAACAACGCAGGAAUCGGCGACUGCGGCGAAGUUGAUAUCACGCCACUGGAGAAAUUCCAGAAGGUGCUGGACGUAAACACGAUGGGCGCCAUAAGGGUCUCCAAGGCAUUCCUGCCGCUCCUCAAGAAGUCCAAGGGCCGCCUCAUCAACGUCACCAGUCCUUAUGGCAGAUUGCCAUUU